UGGCUGCUACUUCAAUGCCACUUUAUUUUACUGCAAAGUUCAAUUCACCAAAUUCAUGCCUUGACAGGUGGAGCUUCAUCUUCUCACGGGAGAAACCACAAUUUUGCGUUCAGAUAUUAUCCAUGAUUGUGGACGAAGCGUCAAUCCUGCUGUAGAUUUGGGACAGAUUGAAGGAGCCUUUGUUCAAGGAAUUGGAUUUUUUAUGUCAGAGGAAUACCUCACAAAUCCUGAUGGACUAGUUAUUACUGACAGCACAUGGACUUACAAAAUUCCUACGAUUGACACCAUUCCAAAACAGUUGAAUGUUGAAAUUUUGAACUCUGGACGUCAUAAAAACCACAUCCUCUCUUCAAAAGCUUCAGGAGAAUCACCAUUGCUUCUAGCUGCAUCAGUCCACUGUGCAACACGAGCUGCUAUUAAAGAGGCACGAAAACAGAUAUGUACAUGGAAACGUCGAGAUGAGUCUGGUUACGCGUUACAGCUAGAUGUUCCAGCUACCAUGCCUGUUGUUAAAGAGCUCUGUGGGCUGGACUCUGUGGAAAGUUACCUGAAAUGGAUCAAGGAAUGGAGAAGCACAGUGAGCUGAUCACAAACUUUUCCUCCCAAAACACAAGUCAUGCCAAUAAAUUCAUGAUAAUGAAUGUAAUGCACUUUCUCAUUUUCUAAGUUUAUUUGCAGCAGAUAAAUAAAUAGGACUACAAAGAUCAUGGGUUACUUGUGAUUUUACUUUUCAA